GCCAAGGAGGCGGGGCAGGCCGGGGAUGCGCGCGCACCUACUCCUGCCACCCCCCCCUUCCCACUUUGAAGGAGUUAUCUGAGGCUCCGCCCCGCCUGCCUCUCCUGAGGCGUCGCUCAGUCAAAGCACCCGCCCUCAUGCAUUAAAUGGGCCAGCGGGACGCAGCCCCCGGAAACGGCGGUGCACUCCGGGGCUGUGAGCGUGAUUUUCCGCGUCAACGAAGCGCAGAGAACAUCAUGGCAGAACAGGUGGCCCUGAGCCGGACCCAGGUGUGCGGGAUCCUGAGGGAAGAGUUGUACCAGGGUGAUGCCUUCCACCAAGCUGAUACACACAUAUUUAUCAUCAUGGGUGCAUCGGGUGACCUGGCCAAGAAGAAGAUCUACCCCACCAUCUGGUGGCUGUUCCGAGAUGGCCUUCUGCCAGAAGACACCUUCAUUGUGGGCUAUGCCCGAUCCCGCCUCACAGUGGAUGACAUCCGAAAGCAGAGUGAGCCCUUCUUCAAAGCCACCCCAGAAGAAAGACCUAAGCUGGAGGAGUUCUUUGCCCGUAACUCCUAUGUGGCCGGCCAGUAUGAUGAUCCAGCCUCCUACAAGCACCUCAACAGCCACAUGAAUGCCCUGCACCAGGGGAUGCAGGCCAACCGACUCUUCUACCUGGCCUUGCCCCCCACAGUGUAUGAAGCUGUCACUAAGAACAUCCAAGAGACCUGCAUGAGCCAGACAGGCUGGAACCGCAUCAUUGUGGAGAAGCCCUUCGGGAGAGACCUACAGAGCUCAGACCAGCUGUCCAACCACAUCUCAUCUCUAUUCCGUGAGGACCAGAUCUAUCGCAUCGACCACUAUCUGGGCAAGGAGAUGGUCCAGAACCUCAUGGUGCUCAGAUUUGCCAACAGGAUCUUUGGCCCCAUCUGGAACCGGGACAACAUAGCCUGUGUGAUCCUCACCUUCAAAGAGCCCUUUGGUACUGAGGGCCGUGGAGGCUACUUUGAUGAAUUUGGGAUCAUCAGGGACGUUAUGCAGAACCACCUCCUGCAGAUGCUGUGCCUUGUGGCCAUGGAAAAGCCGGCCUCCACAGAUUCAGAUGAUGUCCGUGAUGAGAAGGUCAAGGUAUUGAAAUGUAUCUCAGAGGUGGAAGCGAACAACGUGGUCCUAGGCCAGUAUGUGGGGAACCCCGGUGGAGAAGGCGAGGCUACCAAAGGAUACCUGGAUGACCCCACAGUGCCCCGGGGGUCCACCACAGCCACCUUCGCAGCUGCUGUCCUCUAUGUGGAGAAUGAGCGGUGGGAUGGGGUGCCCUUUAUCUUGCGCUGUGGCAAAGCCCUGAAUGAGCGUAAGGCUGAGGUGAGACUGCAGUUCCGAGAUGUGGCGGGCGACAUCUUCCACCAGCAGUGCAAACGCAAUGAGCUGGUGAUCCGCGUGCAGCCCAAUGAGGCUGUGUAUACCAAGAUGAUGACCAAGAAGCCCGGCAUGUUCUUCAACCCUGAGGAAUCAGAACUAGACCUGACCUAUGGCAACAGAUACAAGAACGUGAAACUCCCUGAUGCCUACGAGCGCCUCAUCCUGGACGUGUUCUGUGGAAGCCAGAUGCACUUUGUCCGCAGUGACGAACUCCGGGAGGCCUGGCGCAUCUUCACACCGCUGUUGCACAAGAUCGAUCAUGAGAAACCCCAGCCCACCCCCUAUGUUUAUGGCAGCCGUGGCCCCACAGAAGCAGAUGAGCUGAUGAAAAGAGUGGGCUUCCAGUAUGAGGGCACCUACAAGUGGGUGAACCCCCAUAAGCUCUGAGCACUGGGAACAUACCCCAUCCAUACCUUACCCCUCCUGGCCAUCCUGUCUGUGUCUACCCUUCCCUUCACCCAUCCCUGUAUCAGGACUAUUGACCCCAUAUUGGGAGGACUUCAGGACCAUAGGCCUCAACCAUGCAUUCCUGUCCCUGGACUCGGGCCACCACUCUCUGCCCUGUGCUGCUGCUGCUGCUGCUGCUACCGCCACCACUGCUGCCACCUGAGCCCAGCUACAUUCCUCAACUACCAAGCACUCAAGAGUCUCGCUGUAAUGCUUACAGGGUGCUCAUAGGCCCUAUCUGAGCCACCCAUCUCUCCAUGGGCCCUUAAUCACCUCCUCCCCUCACUCUAGCUCCUGGAAGGAAGAAGAGCUGUCACUCUGUCCCAGGACUUCUUAGGACAGGAGUUAGGAACUAUGGGGAUGAGUGUUGGGCCUCAAAGGGACAAUGACCAAACCACAUUCUCCAGUGGCUUUGGGCAAGCUCCUCAGAAGUCGAGGGAAGUAGUCAAGGACAUCCAUGUGAGAGGACCUUCCCAUGGCCACACCAACCUUAGGGCCACUUGACAUUCCUCAUCACCAGCUGCAAAAGACCUCAUGCUGCCCAACAAUGUAUUGGACCCCAGAUGUCCUCUAACCAAUUCUGCACUCCAUGGCCACCCUCACUGCACCCAUAGGCAGCCUCCCCACCACAAGAAAGGCAGAAGCAGCAGUUAGGAUCCCCACCCUAACACUGCCAUUAAAUUGUCUUAAGAGCUACACCUGUCCCAUUCUCAUUUCCUCCCUGCCACCCAGGACCGUGAAGGAGAGACCUGUCACUUCCCUACAUCCCAUGUUGCCCUCUGCUACAGACUCCCUCCCUUCCUGCCUCCCUCAGCAAUCUCCAGUCUGCCAGGCAUCUUCCUUGUAUCUGUUCCCAGCAGAGAGCGCCUUUCCGUGGGUAUUUGUCAUUGAGACUGGCUUAAAGUACAAGGGCAGGUCACCCUUACUUUCACCUUCCACAGAACACCUCAACUACUUUUUACUGUUCAUGCAGGCUAACAACAGCUAGUUUCAUCCAACCACCUCCCUUCCCCACCUGGUAUUUUAGCCAACAUUGCCAGUCUACAUACAGAUGCCAGAAAUAUUUAGGAAGGAGAGUUCAGAGAUUUCAGGAUUGAUACUGGAAGCAAGGGAGAAGGGAUAGUCAGAAAUGAUACCCAAGCUUCUGAAGAGCCAGAGUUCUCAGUUUUCAUGAUCUGCCAGUGACCUCUCUGUAGUGACCAUAACAAAGACAAGUGCUUCUAA